UUCACAGUGUUGGCACCUCUUGGCAAUUCCUUGGUUAGUCCUGUUGGGUGGACACUGCCCACAAUUAAAUUAUUUAAUUAACGCGUCAAUUUCCUCAAACGCACGGAACAAACAACAAACCGCAUUAUAUGCGUAAAGCGUAGCGAAGAACGGCACUGCCCACUGCAAAAAUAAUUAGUGAUUUCCAUCAAUUUCCAUCCGUCUUCUGCUUUCUCCAAGGAUCUUGACAACAUACUUUGAAUCACAAUGGACGACGCUGCAUUUCCGGGACAGCACACGACGACUACUCGAGUGACGACCUCGAACACAGUUGUGCAGACAGACCUGCGUUACGACCCGUUCUACCUGCGCACCCUGCCUGGGCUGGUCAAGAUUGUCCAGCUGGCGAGCAACAUCCUCAGCUUCUUCUGCAUCCUGCUCUCCUCCUACUCGCACCUCUCCAGGGCCGUCUUUUUCAAGACCCUGGCUGGAAUCGGAUUCUGGUUCACCGGCAUUCUGCUGCUCUUCUACAUUUUCCACGUGAUUGAGAAGUUCUUCCGCAUCCCCUGGCUCAAGAUCGAGUUCGGCUUCUGCUUGUUGUGGUGCCUCCUUUACCUAGUCGGCGCCAGUCUGUGCGUCGACUACGCCUCCAUCGACAGCGCCUUCGGAGCAGCCGCCUUCUUCGGCUUCUGCGCCUCCAUCGGCUACGGCUUUGACGCCUACCUCAAGUUGCAAGCCGUCCGACACGGAGAACUGGCCCAAGGAGAGAGGGUCAUGGUCACAAAACAGACCAGAAUGACCGUCUCUUCCGCCUAAUUGAAUCUUAAAAUGAGAAUCUGAAGUGCCAGUUGAAAUUUAACCUUCCCUAAGAUUAUUCUGCUGAUCUGGAAUUUUACUUCUCGGAAUUUUUCCAAAUAAUUUUUUAAAUAUUCAAAGUUAAUUUAAUUCUAAAUUGACAAAAAAGAUAAUCUUACUUUUCUCACCAAUUUUAA